AUGUUUUCCGCAAAGCUUGGCAUAGAUUUGUAUGAAAAUGGAAUAACAUCAAUUAUUUCCAAUUUGGAUGUUUAUGCUGCAGAUAAGUUGCAUAAUUUGAUCCAUUCCUCUACAGUGCUAUCAUCGAUUGCUUACAAAUUCGAGAUGGUUUUGAUAUUUUUAGGGGCUCUCAUUAUUGCUCUGUUGUAUUCUGAUUACUCUGAGACUUAUAAAAAUAAUCCGCCGCGUUUGGCGGUUUCGUCUUACAGGGUGUCUUCAACUCCUGCCUUGAUCGGAAAAUUCUUUGAGCCCCUAAUUGCACUGGCAUUCUGGCAAUUUCUUUCGCACGUAUUUUUGCAAGUUGUUGUGUCCUUUCAUUCGAUGAAGAAUGUCGAUGAAUAUGCGGAAAAUGCUGUCAAAUUAUUCAACGUUAUAAUGCCAUUUGGAGCCCUUAUUCCGUAUAUGUGUUCGCAGGCCUAUGAGGCUCUCUACAAUCAGUAUACAAGCUCAAAUUGCAUUAUACGUUCUUUCCUUCUUGGUGGGCUGUAUUGGAUUACCCGCAGAUCGAUUAGGAAUCUCUCUUUGAAGCCAGACUCUCCGUGCUUCAUCGGCUCCUUCUAUUCGGUUUUCUUUUAUGCGGCUAUAUAUAUUUUGAGUUUUAUCCUAACUACGACCCACCUGAAUAUCCUGCCUUUGGCAAAAGUGGUUCGAUCCUCUGACAUUUUCUUUUCAAUUUUAAAUGUUUCUCUUAUGUUAUUUGGAAAGAACAUUUUCGAGGGCUUUGUUAAUAUCCGUCUCCUUUUCUUUCAGCUCAAAGAAUAUGUUCGCUACGACUAUUUUUAUACCGUUUCUUUUAUCCUCAUCAUGAAGAGUAAACAUCUAUUCGAUAUC